CAUUCCAUCAGCUCACACAUCUCUCCAUAUUCCUGGAAAUGGAAUUCUGUGCAUUAUUUUUCACAGUACUUCGUGCAACGCCUUACCUCCUCAGUAUCUCGGUGCGAACGAAUUGUAGAUCUGUUAUCAUCCCUCCACACUCCAAUGCUCUACCCUCUCAAGUCAUUCCCUUGCUUGCGUCGUACGAAGGGCCGCCUAAUCUAGCGGGUUUGUUCAUCAAUGGGCGUCCCGUUACAAGUGUAAAACUUCGUCCACUCAUUGACACUCGUACCGGCGUCGUGUACUCUAGUAUUCCCACCGCUGAAACUACAUCGUCAUUGUCCCAGCUUUCCAGUUCUUCCGCACCACUGCAGGACUUGCGGAUAUAUGGGCUAACACCAGGUAUCGAGCCUUUUUAUGCCAUCCGUGCUAGCCUUCCUGAGUUGAAGUGUCUGGACGUCGCCCUGGGAUACUGUGAUUUUCAAACCGGUGAUGAUAAUAUCUUGGUGUCCCCAGAAAGCGAACUUGAUGAAUCCAGUGUUCCUGUACCAGACUGCCUUACUCUCGAGAACAUUGUGAGCUAUCUUACCACUGGCAAA